GGCGAAACGUGCGUGUGGUGAAGAACCGAAGUUCAACGCCUACCAAAUUACGGAAUACACCACGAGUAACAAGCAAAGAGGAAGCAUCAUUCGACUUCGCUUGGAUUAGCAGUUCAAUUAGCGAUAGACCACUGUUGGGAGUUACUUGUCUGAUAAAGUUCGAGUUGAAGUUGAAGCUGCAAACGAUUAGUUUUGUACAUCUUUGGUCCACGAUGGUACUGGCGCGUUCUCUCGUUCGCAACGUGGGUUUUUUCCUCAUGCUGAUUUUUUGGUAUCUGUCUAUAAACCAUUCGCUAGCGUUAGCUGCGUCGAACACUUCGAUGAGUUCAUUACAGUCGGGAUCUAAAUUAGCUAAAACGGUCUCCUCGUCACCAGCGGCUGGUAUCAAGUCGUCUAAGACAGCUGGAACUGCCCCUCAACCGCGCAGCUUUUACGGCGGAUACGGUGGCCAUGACCUGAUCGAUCGCGGGUUUGGAACUGAUUUUCUGCCAAUUCUUGCCUUAAUUGGGUUUGCCGUUAUAUUUCUACCUGUACUGGGGGCGCUAAUGGCUUCAUUGACGCAAUUCUCUGCCCCAAUUGGUUUUCCGUUGAAUCAAGCUGUUACCACAGCAACGGUGGCGGGCCGAAGAAAACGUAAUGUUCCUAACGAAAGUAUAAUUAAGUUGAUGAACGGAUUUGAAAAAUUCUACAGGGGAUACCAGGCAGUUCAUGCCUAGAUGUGCAAUGGUAGUCCAUCGUAGGUCACUGACAAGUUUGCUUUAUGAGGUGUUACACCUUUAUGGAUAGACGACUGUUUAGAGAAUGUCUUAGGACUUACGAGUCGUUCGGCGCCGAUGUAACUGUCUUAAGGUUGAACUUUCCUGGAAACAGAUAUUUUUUCGAGCUUGAACAAAGGGAUGGUUCUGGAAAAUAUGGAAGCUCAGAAAUAACCUACUCUACUUGUCAGUGUCCGAUAUUGUCAUAAAAUUCAAAUAUAACGAUCCACCUGUAUACUGAAUUAUUAGAAGCGUAUGCUCAGAGCUGAUGAAGCCCAUGUCAUUAUCAUGAUUUCAAGCAAAAGUCACCUUUAAGUCAACGAUGUCCAUCCCUUUUGUCUCUGUUUCGUCGACCAGCAGUAUUUACUUUCAUCAGCAAGCUCUGUCAGUCUCUUGUCGCUGUGCAUGUAUCGAGUCCACAUCAGCCAUCACCUAAAGAACACACGUUUGCUUAAAAACCAGUCGUUGAACGACCUAUCAGAACAGAUCAAAUCUUUAAAUACAGACGAUCAACAUUCAGCGCCCAUGUUCAGCCGAUAAAACAACGCGUAGUUAUGCUACUGUAAAAGAGUG